ACAGUCUUUUGAAUGGUGGCUUUGAGCACUGGUUCUGAGCUCAGAGCUUAGUUCCUGGAGAACAGAGUUCAUCCCCGAGCUUACCUGGCCAGAAUACUGCAUUGAAAAUUGACUCGGACCUGCUAAAAGGAAGGAGACAGUAAAGAGAAUCACGUUGAUUUGGUCCUGGAUUUCGUACAAGUUAUACUUGGAUUAGAAGGUCCAAGGACUAAGGAGCCACAUUCAAUUGCACUUUCUCUAGAGGAGAUAACGCAGCUUCUGCCUGGAACAUGUCCUACACAUUUGACUGGCUUAGCAAGGAUGUGGUUAAAAAGCUUCAAGGAAGAGAUCUGAGGCCUGUCAAAUGCCUGUCAGAUGCAACCAAAUUCUGCCUGUUUAACAUACUUCAGGAAACUUCUUCCCGGUUGGCUUUGAAAACUGAAUAUAUUCCAGUUGGAUUUACCCUUCUGCAUCUCUUGGAGCCCAAUAUUCCUGUUCCAGAGCCUGAAGUGUCAGCUCCCAUCCCCCUUAAACACACCAUAUCCCAGAAACUGAAGGCUGACCUGGAUGUCGAAACCAUUGCAGGAGGAGAAGCAGGGUUUGUUAAGUCCUGUGGAUAUGACAUCGAGGUUCAGAGUAAGAGCAUCCCAAAUCCAAAACUGGAAAGUCUUCAAAACAGAAAACUGUUGGAUCAGUUGCCCACAUUUAUGAAGACUUGCUGGAAGGAUGGAAAGAACCUGUAUGUGGUGACAGAGGCCUAUGAAGUGACCAAGGAUACUGUGCUGGAAGGCACAAGCAAUAGCAAAUUUGCAAUCAAAGGGAUCAUCAACCAGCUUGUCAAGGUUGGAGGCAGUGGACAGUGGCAAACAGAGAAAACAGAUUCAAUACCUAUCCAAAAGGGUUCAGUGUUGGCCUACAAGAAGCAGCAAUUGGUCAUUGAGGAUAACACUUGUGUUAUUCUCACUUCUGCUAACACUAAGAAGAAGAUGACCUUUCCAAUGAGAUUUGUGGGAAUGUCUGGACAUCUAAGAUAUCAGGAUCUAGUCAUUGAGACAGGCUCGUGGAUAAAUGACAUCGAUCCAAUUGGAACAAUUAAGGAGCCCACCCAUCUAGAUUUCAUGUGCCUACAAAAUGAAGUUUCUGAACAAACACGGCUACUGGCUGAACUCUCAAAGGAUGUUCAAGAAGUUGUGUUCUCCAGUUUCCUGCACAUGCUCUGUGACAGGGAUGUUCUGUAUGACCUGAUGAAAAUGCUGGAGUUGAAUCAGUUGGGGCAUAUGGAUGGCCCAGGUGGCAAAAUCCUGGAUGAGCUUCGAAAGGACUCGAGCCUUUCAUGGAUUAACCUAAAGGACCUCAUUCUUUAUCUCCUUCAAGCCCUGAUGGUGCUGAGUGAUACCCAACUCUGUCUGCUGGCCCUGUCUGUGGAGAUGCGGCUCCUCCCGCACCAAGUGGAGCUGGUAAAGAGCAUCUUACAGCCAAACUUCAAGUAUCCCUGGAACAUUCCCUUCACACUCCAGCCUCAGCUUCUUGCCCCACUCCAGGGUGAGGGCUUGGCCAUUACUUAUGAAUUGCUGGAGGAGUGUGGUCUGAAGAUGGAGCUGAAUAAUCCCAGGUCAACUUGGGAUUUGGAAGCCAAGAUGCCCCUGUCUGCUCUCUAUGGAAGCCUGUCAUUUUUACAGCAACUUUCAGAAGCCUAACUCUUCUUCCAAGCCCAGCCUCAGUCCUGGAUACAUUUGAGAUAUUGCACCAUAGCAUACACAAGAGUUGUGAUUUGAGUGCAUGCUUUAGGCUGGUGGGAAUAAAGAUGCUACGGCUCCUUUUUUUUUUUUUUAAAGUAUUAUUGAUUCACAAUUAUACAAAUAAUAUACUUGGAUCAGAUUCUACCUACCCCCAUUGCUUCUUUUAAUCCACCCCUUCCAAGUUCCUUUUUCCUCAACAACUUCUCAUUCAUCAUUUGUCUGUUUGUUUGAUGCUAUGCUACGUUUAAUUAGGGUUGUUUGCAUAAGUGUGUGAUUAUUCAUUUGAGCAAGAGUAGCCUUCCAGAGGCUACCUCCUGCCAGCAGCAUUGAGAGCCUAUAGGUGUUUUAGGGAGGGUGAGUUUCUUUUCCAUUCAUGUGGAAUGUUGGUUGGCUUGGGUUUGCUUGGUCUUGUGCGGGUACCCAUUGCCACUUUGAGUUUAUGGGUUUAGCUAUUCCAUAUCCUUACCACGUCUAGGAAACAGGAUGUUGUUAUCUAUCAAAACUAGUCAAAUGGUAUGCUAAAUAAAGAUUUAGAUGUUUUCUCUAUAUAAAAGGAUAUAUAUUUUACUUUUACUCAAUUGUGUGCAUUUUGAGUUGUUCUGGGUGAAAGGUACUGGUGCCAGUAACUUUGAAAUGCAUCAGCAAUAAAUUGGGAUGUUUUAUG